CUGCUGAUCUGCUGUGUUUUCCUUUCCCCCGAUGACUUCCUCUAUCUCAGCCUGGAUUUGGAAUGAAAGAUUUUGGCUUCCCGAAAAUGUCUCUUGGGCGGACCUGGAGCAUCCACCACCUGGCGUGGAGUACCCCCGACCCAGGGACAUACUGUAUGCCCUGCCUCUGGCUGCCGGAGUUUUUCUUCUGAGAAUCCUGUUUGAAAGGCUAGUGGCCAAGCCCUGUGCCCACAUACUUCAGAUUCAGCCGGGAGUGCCUCGGCAAGCUCAGCCCAAUGCUGUCCUGGAGAAGCUGUAUCAGUCCAAAGCGUGUCCAGAUAUAAGGCAACUAGAGGGACUCUCCAAGCAGCUGGACUUAGAUGUACGCAAAAUACAGAGAUGGUUUCGUGUCCGUCGGAACCAGGACAGGCCCAGCGUGCAGAAAAAGUUCUGUGAGAGCAUGUGGCGAUUCACUUUUUACCUCGGGAUUUUUAUUUAUGGCAUCAACCAUUUAUGGUCGACACGCUGGACGUGGGAUACCAGACAGUGCUGGCAUAAUUACCCUUUUCAGCCUGUGAGUCCUGGACAAUACAGCUACUAUCUUGCAGAGCUGGCUUUUUAUUGGUCUCUGAUGUUUUCCCAGUUCAUAGACAUUAAACGUAAGGAUUUCGUCAUUAUGCUUGUCCACCAUCUGGCUACCAUAAUCCUCAUCACGUUCUCCUAUGCCAACAACAUGCUAAGAGCUGGCACUCUGGUCAUGUGUGUACAUGAUGUAUCUGACAUCUUCCUUGAGGCAGCCAAGCUAGCAAACUAUGCCAAGUACCAGAGGCUAUGUGAUGGCCUCUUUGUGGUGUUCAGCAUAAGCUUUUUCAUCAGCAGACUUGUCAUCUUUCCCUUCUGGAUUAUUCACAGUGUUCUGUUUGAGAGCUGGGAGAUUGCUGGGCCGUAUCAGUCCUGGUGGCUGUUCAAUGGGUUGCUGGUGGUCCUUCAGUUCCUUCACAUCAUCUGGUUCUACCUCAUCAUGGGCAUUGCCAUCAAAGCCAUUUUCAAGGGAAAGGUGGCAAAAGAUGAUCGCAGUGACAUAGAGACCAGCUCAGAUGAGGAGCUUUCCAGCAACACGGACCCAAGCCAGACCCAAAUGCUAAAUGAUAGCAGUCACACCAGUAACCUUAAUGGAGAAACUUGUGACCAUUGAGUACCAAAGAGAGGAUAUUUACUUCCACUGUGGCCUUCAUUCAUCAGGGUGCCUGUGAAACCUACCGUGUCACUGUGAUCUUCUGAGAAGAACACUGUUGCUCACACAGAAUAAAUGUGCUGUUCUAAUAGAGGGAGGACCUGGGAUACAGAGGAACUCCAUGUGUGGCAUACAGACUUUAAUAGUGUGAAGUUUACAUCUGCUGUUUGCUUACAGGAUUAGACAAAAACGUGUGGCAUGUCUCCAUCCCUGCGUGUGCGUGCGUGUGUGUGUAUUCUUAAAGUUAGAAUAAAUAGCAGCCAAUGAGACUGCUACUACUGCACAUGUGAAUUAUUUCUCAAGUGAAAUUGAUAAAAUAUUUGACUAAUACAAGAAGAAAUCACUGCCUUUUGCCUUACGCUCUAGCUUACAAUUCCAAAUGCUAAAAACUUGAUUAAAAUACCAAAGAUUUCUUAAUAA